AUGAAGAUCAAGAAGAAGAACUUGAAGAAGGCUAGGGCACAGCCACGCAGCUGUGUUGCGACAUGUAGGAAUGGUCUCUCGACUUGGUGCCAGGGCGGUGGGAAAAUUGUGAAGGACGAGCAGUCGCCCAAAGCCUCGCCAAAGGCACACAUGUUGUUGAUCGCAACCACGAGCAACUGCUGCAUCGUCAGUGCCUUCCGCCUUCUUUGCCAGGCUGCACCCGCCGUGCCAGAGAAGUCUUCGCCCAAGCAGUCGCCCAAGGCGGCUCCGGCAGCAGAGCAGACUCCGGCGAAGAAGGGCAAAGACAAGAAAGCGGAGAAGGCAUCGCCGAAAGCUGCCCCAGAGCACAAUCCGCCAAAGCCAGGUCGCGCGGCCCCACGGCCGCCGCCAACGCCAGAAGAGCGAGAAAAGGCGACGAAGAAGGCCAUUUCUCUUAUCAAGGCCGGCCUCGCAAAGAACCCCGAGGAGCAACAGCGCGGUGCGCCCUACAUCAUAGACAACUGGCACCAAGACUGGAAGCCAAUUCUGGGGCCAUACCGAAAAUUUGUGGCAAGCUGCGCCUGCUUCCGCGUCGAGCAGGGUGCGAACUCGGCAAACUACACCAUCCAUUUGGUAGACGGUGCAGAUGAUGGCCCUCGGCCGUUCUGGAUCGUAAGUCUCAACAAGGCAUGGCAAGCCUACUCCCUACUCAAGAAGGAGCAGGCAAGCGUCGAUGAGUUCCUGGCUGAAGCGAAGGCCGCCGCCAAGGAGCCAGUUCCGGGAGCCGCUCCCGGAGCCCCUACUGGAAAGAAGCGAAAGGACGACGAGUCCUCUGCAAAGACAAAAUCCGCCAAGAAGGCAAAGACCAAAGCCAAGGAGGAGUAG